GGCUUUAUUUAGAAAAUCUAAAAGUAUUGACUGCCCUGUCCUUGAGUUGAGUAAUCAAGUCAAUUACAAUAGAUUUAUUUAGAAAUCCAAAUCUAUCUAGGAGUUACUCUAUUUCUUGGAAUUUUAAACAGAUUCUAGAUCUCCAGUUCUCUAACGAAUAUGAGUGAUAAAAAUCCCUAUUCUUCAUCCGAUCCAACGAUGAACGUUCCAGUGACCACUGGAGCAGCAGGUGCAAUCAUGUCACCAUAUCUUAAUUUUAAUCCAGCUUAUCUUGGACCAAAUGCAGCAGACUCACAGUUCAUAUUUCCAGAAGGUGCUGCCAGAACUCGAGGUCGACUUGAACUUUCAUUUUCGCAGAUAGGUGGUUCAGUGUUCUUAGGAGCAGCAGUUGGUGGUGUAAAUGGUUUCUAUAGGGGGGUCCAGGAUGUGCAGGCAAGACAGUUGGUUGGGGCCAAUAGAAGGACACAAAUGCUCAAUUUCAUAACAAAAGGUGGAGCAUCAACUGCACAAACAUUAGGUGUUGUAGCCUUAAUGUACAGUGUGUUUGGAGUUGUGUUUUCAUGGGGGCGUGGUGUUGACGAUGAACUCAACACUGUAGCUGCGGGUACCUCUACGGGAGUUUUAUACAAGUCAUCAGGCGGCUUGAAACCCUGUCUCCGCGGCGGUGCUUUUGGACUUGGACUUUCUUUAAUCUAUGUUCUCUUCACGAGUGACAAAAUUAAAAGUGUAUGGAGGGGAAGAUAAAAGGUGAUCUUUUGUUUUAUUUAUCAACGAGGCCUACAAAGUUUGAUCAUUUGUUUCAUAGUUUGGUGUUGUAUCAGAGAACAUGUAAGCAUCGUGGAUGUGCUGAAUGGUGUGAAGAUCCUAUAAAUGUCAAUUGAAUGCAGAGUUUUCAUCCAUGUGUAUAGAAUUCAUGCCAUCGUCCAUAAUUUUAACAUACCUAUGUAUAUAGAAAUAUUGAUCAUCCAAAUGCAUACUAGAAUAAGCUAGUGAAAAACAUUGGAAGUCCUCCAGUGAUUCACCUCAACUGGAUUCCUUUUAAGGGUGAAUUUGUUUUGGCCAGUUCACUGAGAAAGAUUGAAUUAAGAAAUUUAAAAAGGAGAUGCUAUGUUAUGAAUGUACUAGGCUUGAAUUAAUUGUGUUUUUUUUUAAUGUAUUUCUAAGUCAGAAAGUAAAUCCCUUUAUACAGGAGUAUAGCUGUUCAACUAUGUCUAAAAAGAAAAAAUGUGUCUAUUUCAAUAUGUCUUAAGUAUUCCCAUUCUACUGUCUGUGUUUGAGCCACUUGACCAUGUCUGGACUAAAUGAUUAGUAUGUGUGCCAUAGGAUUCAAAUAUGAAGCAUUUUUUUUGGAUAUGUUUCUGAUGUAUGCAUUUGAAAGAAUACAAAUAAAGACAACACUCUUUA